ACAUUCAAUGCAGAUAAAAGCGGUCAUAUAACUUGAGGUAUGUCUUUUUUUGUGUAUAUGGUCUGCAGAGAAGCAUUUUGAGGAGAUAUAUUGCAAAGGAUAAAUGACACUAGAUCAAGCGGUUGCGUAUGCGUUCAAUGGUGGAUAAAAUAUCUCAGAGCAAUGUCAAAAAUCUGCAUGCUUGAGUUAAGGUGAGCUGGAGGAAAUGUGGCAAGUAUCCAGUACCAUGGUUGGUGGCAGAUCUUGGUGAUAAGUGGAGAAUGUGCCUUCAUAUAAUCAUAAUCUUGUAAGCAGGCUAUUAUGCAAUCCGAGUUGAAAAGAGCUAGGGGUGAAGAAAUGCCUUGGUAAUUAUUAAUAAGACUCCAGAGUCACUACGCUUUGAAUAGCUUGUUGUUGAUUGGUGGUGAGUGUGGCUGAUGUUACUGUCAAUGUGAAGCUACAGUACCGUUAAAUGAUUGAAGAUAACGUGUGGGAUGGAUUUGUGUGAAAAUGAUCAUAUAGUGGCCUUAUCUGGUGAUGAACAUACGGAUCAGUUUGCAAUAGAGGCUGACGGUAGUAAGAAACAACGUCUGGAAUUUCAUGGUACUAGAAGUACUGAUUUAAGCACCUAUGAUGCUCACGGUCAGAAAGAGUUUUACUCACCAACUAUUACUCAGGAAGAAAUAAUGCUGGAAGAGGGGUCAUGGUCUCAUCAAAGUGAAGGUGUCUUUCCUUCACGUGAUAGUGAGGCAUGUAAAGAAGUGAAAAGACCAUCAUCAGAUGAUACAAGGAUGUCAGGUCAUCAUUAUAAGAGUAGCAAUAUAGAUUCUAUUGACAGUGAGCUUUGCAUGGAUGACACUGUGCUCGGAGAUAAGUGUGUGGUGGAAGAUGAUAGUGUGUGUGAAUACCCAAUCAACCACAUAUCCGAAGCUGACAAUGAACUUAGCUUUCUUGACAAUGAUGGGUGGCUGGAUAUAGGGAACUUUGAAGACGUUGACAGGAUGUUUAGGAGUUGUGAUUCUACUUUUGGAAUGGGAAGUCUAAACAAUGAAGAGGAGUUCUGCUGGCUUUCCUCCUCAAACGGCACUGAUGGAUCUGAUGAUGUAUCAAAAUGUACAUUUAAGUUAUCAGGAGCUGAACCGAGCCUAUUAAAAAAUACAUCAGAUAAUGACACAGACUCUAAGGCCGGUACUGGUGGUCUGUCAAUCAAUGAUUCCAAUAAGAAAGCAUCUUCGUUCAAUAAAAAAUCGAGGACCCGGAUGGAUGUGGAUGAUUCAGUCCCUGCUUCAUCAUCAGUGCUCAGUGAAUCAGACAUUAAAUCUGGUGGCAUUGAUGACUCAAUGCCUAAAGAAAAGAGGAAACUGUCAAAGCCAUCAGAAGGAAGAAGGAAAAGCGAAUACCUAGAAAACGGUAAUGCUGUUUAUCCUUGUGCUCCAUUAAAGCAAUAUGGAGAUGUAAAGGAAACUUUUGGAGCAUCUUCUGGCAAAGUUAGUAGUUCUCAAGUUAGCAUCCAGAAACGUAAACCAAACAAUGAUUCUGAUUCAUUAGGAUGCUUACAAACACAGUUAACCGGCCACACCCAGGGUAUACUGAUUUUUCAAGUAAUACUGCCCUCCUUCCAGCUCCAUCCGGAUCCAGAUCUGAACACAAUAGCCUUCCAUCUCCUUCUCUCAAAUGAAAAGAGAGAAAGAUUAUAUCAUCCCAAUGCUGCACAACCAUUGACUAAGAGUUUCAAAAUUGAAAAUAUGGCAGGUUCAUUGCCAUGUCAAAGUCCAGUUUCAGCUCAGCAGCUAGUGCAUCAGUUUGAAAAUGAGAAUGAAGGCCACAGUGAAGUUGAUGGAGUUAGUGUAGGAUUUUCACAAGAAACAGAGUCCUCAAAUGUACAGGAAAUCUCAUCAAUGAGCUCAGUGGAUGAAAUCUCACUUGAAGCAAGCUUUCGCCAACUGCAAUUGGUCAUGGAUCAGUUAGACAUAAGGACCAAACUGUGCAUAAGGGACAGUCUAUACCGCCUGGCUAGGAGUGCUGAACAAAGACAUAACUAUGCCAAAGGAAACGGUAGCAUUGGAGAGAAUAUUGAGGCCUGCAAAGCGAUGAUGACUCAAGAUGUGAGCGGGUGUUCUGGGUUUGUGGACAUGGAAACUGAUACCAAUCCUAUUGAUCGGUCUAUAGCACACUUUUUGUUUCACAGACCUACUGAUUCGUCAGUGAUGCCUCCUAGUGAAAAGUGAUACCAGCUUUGGCAUUAUUUUUGUGUAGAAUGUGUAGCUUCAAGUAUAUAUGAAAAUGUACUAAUAUUUGGGGCCUACUGAGACGCCUAAUUUACAUUUUUUUCCUUUUAGCCCUGUGCACUGGCAUUAAUGUAUAUUCUGCUGAUAAUCACAAUAUAAGUUAGCUGCUAAGCGUGCUUCAGCUCAUUGAGUAUACCAGAUUUAUUUGUAUUAAAGUUUGUGACUGUUGUUUAUCUA